UCUCUCUCUCUCUCUCUCUCUCUCUCUCUCUCUUUAUAUCUGUUAUGGGUUUAAGAGAUUUAGAGACUUCUCUUCCUCCAGGGUUUAGGUUCUAUCCAAGUGAUGAGGAGUUGGUUUGCCAUUAUCUUUAUAAGAAGGUGGCUAAUGUUAAGAUUUAUGAAGGAACAAUGGUUGAGGUUGAUUUGCAUACUCGUGAGCCUUGGGAGUUGCCAGACGGUGCCAAGCUCAGCGAUAAUGAGUGGUAUUUCUUCAGCUUUCGUGAUCGCAAGUAUGCAACUGGCUCUCGCACGAAUAGGGCAACAAAGUCUGGUUAUUGGAAGGCGACAGGAAAAGAUCGUACAGUAUAUCAUCCGAAGACAAGAGGGAUCGUAGGGAUGAGGAAGACACUAGUUUUUUACAGUGGAAGAGCUCCUAAUGGUGCAAAGACUGGGUGGGUCAUGCAUGAGUUCAGGCUAGAGAAUCCAAACACACCACCUAAGGAGGACUGGGUUCUAUGUAGGGUUUUCCAUAAAAGAAAGGUAGAUAUAGCAACUCGUUCAAGUAUAGAGAACUUGGAGUCCUCUCCUCCACUGGUUGACCAGUCAAUGCCAGAGGGAUACUUCGAGAUGAUGGGGUCAUCAUCAUACUCGACUAAUGUUCCACAUCAAGAGGGCAAUACAUUACUCAAUUUGGAUGCAUUUCAUUGUAAUUUCUUUGAUUUCCCACAUGAGAUGGAUAAUGCAUCCUUGAUGGGCGUGGAGAUGGAGUUGGGGAUGGGCUCUAAAGAUGAUGACUAUGGAUUCCUAUUGGAAGUGGGGCUAGAUUAUGACCAUGGCAUGGGAGCUAAAGGGAUAAAAAACGUUGAAGAUACGAUAUUUGAAGGAUAACUUCUAGCAGCAGAUGUAGGGGGUGCAUUAAUUGAAAAAUAUUAUAGAGGAGAUUAAUUUGUUUGUUUGUGCUUGUGAGUAGUGGUUGUGAAAUUUUAUAGAGUUUGGCUGUGAAAAUUUGUAAAUAAUAUUAAUUAGGAUUUAAAUUAUAUCAA